AUGGCGAGUUCGUCCCCGAAUAAGCGGCGAGAGAUGGACCUCUAUAAAUUGAUGAUGACAGACUAUAAGGUGGAGCUGAUCGACGACAAUGUGUCCACCUUUGACGUGGAGUUCAAAGGCCCUGCCGACAGCCCCUAUGAGGGCGGCGUGUGGAGGGUCCAUGUGGAGCUCCCCGAGGCAUACCCGUACAAGUCCCCCAGCAUAGGCUUUGUUAACAAGAUCUUCCACCCCAACAUCGACGAGGGCGCCGGAUCCGUGUGCCUCGACGUCAUCAACCAGACAUGGAGCCCCAUGUUUGACCUGGUGAACAUCUUCGAGGUCUUCCUGCCCCAGCUGCUGCUCUACCCCAACGCGGCCGACCCGCUCAACGGCGAGGCGGCUGCCCUGCAUAUGCGGGACCCGGCCGCCUACAUCAAGCGCGUGCGGGAGCAUGUGCUGCGGCACGCCCAGCCGUCGGACGCGACUAAGCACUGGGACGGCCCGGGGUCAAAGCAGGGCAGCGGGGACGAGGGCUCGUCCGACGGCUUCCUGUCCAGCAGCGACGACGAGGGGCCGCCGGAGGAGCGCAUGGAGCUAUGA